AUGUCCGAUUACCGAAAAUCCUCACUGGCCGCUUUCGACAGAUCGACUGUGAGCCACGGAAAAGACAGGGAGGGGAUUGACCAGUUGCCGGAUGAACAGAGUCAUUACUUCCUCAAUUCCCGAGUUGAGUUCCGCCACUUCAGCGACUUUGUUUGCGGAUGUGGACUUCGAAUAUUCUCAUCGCAUCUGACUGAACCUAUUGUCCUGUCCACCCAGUGUAUGUUUUAUCAGAUUAGUAUCGGGCGGACGAGUCGUCGAAGGUCAAGUAAACUCGCGCAAUUGCCUGCGCAGUCUCAUAUCCGCUAUCUCAAUUUAGAACUGGCGUCUGCGGGCGAUUUAAUGAAGGGCGAAUCUUCUCGAGGUGAUUGUUCAAGUGGAAGAGCUGAUGCGCGGCCAAACAGGACUUACUAUGAGGCGUCAAAUACUUUUAAAUUGAGAAUAGAUCUGAGUGGUUGCAUGGGAGUUAUUGACCUUGUAUACGCAAAGUUCCUCAUGUUGUCAUUCUCUCGUGGUGUAUGA